UCAUAUUUUAGUCAAAAUACUACAUAAAAUGGUGAAAUUUUCUAUUUUAGUUAUUAUUUUUUUAUUUUGUUUUACAAGUGCGAAACAUUUACCUUCGUAUUUAGAAAACUUUGGAAAAUGUCACCGAAAUUCAACACAAUUCGAUCCAUGUGUAUUAGAAACGUUGCAAUUAGCGCUGCCAUUUAUUUUAAAAGGUGAUCCUAAAUAUAAUAUUCCAAAUAUGUUACCAUUAGAAAUACCAGAAAUCAUAAUCAGUGGUGGUAAAAAUUUAGUAUUAAAACUAGUCAACAUUUCCAUAAUUGGUUUAGAUGACAUGAAAUUAGCACACGUUGAUGUUGAUUCUACAAAUAUGAAGGUUAAAAUUAAAGGUGAAGCGAGUAAAGUUAUGAUUAUUGGUAAUUAUGAUGUUAAGGGUCAAAUUUUAGUGUUACCUAUUAUUGGUAAAGGAACCGCUAAUUUUACAUUUGAUGAUGUUACAUUUAUCUACAGUUAUAGUUAUGGCAACAUUGUAAGGCAUAACGAUCAAUAUUUCACAAUUAUAGGAAAUCAUUUCACUUUUGAUAGUCAAAAGGCUUAUUUACAUUUGGAUCGAAUUUUUCAAGAUGACGAGAGAUUAAAUAAGGAAACAAACCUUGUAAUAAACGAAAAUUGGCGCGAAAUUAUCGAUGAUAUGCGACCAGAUAUUGGCGAAACAAUCGGUUCUAUCGUAACGGCAAUUAUUUCAGGUUAUUAUGCACAUAUUCCAGCUAGCGAACUUAUAGGAAUAUUUUAACAUACAUGAUUAAUUAAAUAAA